AUGCCACCGGGCAAUCCCCAACCAUCUAUCCUAGACAGUAUGAAAACAGAUGCCGAACUGUUACUGAACUUUGCCCGGCCUGCCAACUUCCAGCCCAGCGGCCAUCAUACGAAACGAGUCAGCAUCGACGAAUCUUAUCACCUGCACAACAAUCUCUACGGAGGUGACUCGGGACAACAUAACCGAGUCGGAUUUCCUUAUGCUGAACAUGGUGGCUCUCCGGAGGAUAUAAAGCUCGCGUACCACCACUCGGAGGAUCACAUUCCGCUAUCACGUAUGAGAUCCCGUUCCGAUGGAUCGGCAUUUCUGUCGCGCCCGGCAAUCCGUGGCGUGCGGCCCACCACGAGCGCAGGUACACUCCCCUCCAUCGUCUGGGAAGAAGACAACGAAGACGCUGCUCCAACGACAGAGGUGUCACGUUACGCGGGAUACGGAGAAUACAAACCACUUGGCCCUCAGCAGGAGCCCCAUGGUCCCCACUCAACAAUGGAUUUGACACCCAAGGUUGAAGAUGAGGACGAUGGGAGUGAUACAAACCAGGCAAGCUGUGCUGCUUGUCAUAUGAUUCGUAUUCCAAUGGAGCCGGAAGAACAGCAAGAAGAAGAUACGUGGAUUGGCUGCGACGGAUGCAAGCGCUGGUUUCAUAUCGUCUGCGCUGGCUUCAAGAACGAUCGAGAAGUCCGCACAGUCGAUAAAUUCAUUUGUCGUAACUGCCGAUCCACACAUGGGCAAACCACCUUCGUGCGAAAAUCGUCCCGAGCUCGGACCGCAAUCGACUAUGCUGGUCUCAACCAGGGUGUAGUGAAGGCGGCUUCGGAUUCGAUGGAGCACCAUUACCUCGAGCCUAUUCGUCAAGGCAAGAUUCGAUUCCUCCCCGAGAGCUUUCCCAGGAUGAAGCCCGAGCUGGUCACUGCCGAAUAUUUUGAACGGGGAAACGGGUGGGCAGAGCCGGUCGUAAUACCUGCUGCAUGGAACACCCGGGAACCCGUCCCGGAGCUAGACGCAGAGUUUGAGUCUCUCGUGCAAGAAGCCUCCACCCAGGAGAUGUUCGACGAUUUGCUUGAGCACCUCGAAGAACAUGAGACGCCCCUUCGAGAAACAGUUGACUGUGGACAAGACCAGCUGGAUAUGGUCAUUCCCCAAGGGCUGACCGUUCGUGCCGUGGCUGAACUAUAUGGCCCGGAGGAACGAGUCGAAGUGAUCGAUGUAAAGUCACAACAAGGCGAGGACAAGAGGUGGAACAUGCAGAAGUGGGCCGAUUACUACGAAAGCAACGAGCCAGACAAGCCAGUGCGGAACGUCAUCAGCCUGGAGGUCUCCCAGAGUAAGUUAGGCCGACUCAUCAGGCGACCCAAGGUUGUUCGAGAUCUUGACCUGCAGGAUGCAGUCUGGCCAGAGGAGUUCAAGGCUAUUGGUGACUACCCCAAGGUUCAGUUCUAUUGUCUCAUGUCCGUGGCCGACUGUUAUACCGACUUCCACAUCGACUUUGGUGGAUCUUCAGUAUACUAUCACAUCUUGAAAGGGAAGAAGACAUUCUUUUUCAUCCCGCCGAAAGACAAGCAUCUCAAGAAAUACGAGGAAUGGUGCAACUCCCCCGCCCAAGACUCGAUCUUCCUCGGAAACCAGACGAAGGAAUGCUAUCGCGUGGAUCUGUCCGAGGGCGAUACCAUGUUGAUCCCUUCGGGAUGGAUUCAUGCCGUCUGGACUCCGGAGAACAGCUUGGUGAUUGGUGGCAAUUUUCUCACCAGACUUAAUUAUGGCAUGCAAAUAAAGGUGCUCAACAUUGAGAAGGAGACAAAAGUGCCCAGAAAGUUCCGCUAUCCUUUCUUCCAAAAGAUUCAAUGGUACACGGCGUUGCGAUAUUUGGAGGAUGAUCCUAUUCCCCAAAAUGUCAUGGACGCAUUCGCGCAGGACGAAAACUACAGAUUCCACCGGCAACACCCUAUUUACUAUGAGUUUGGGGAACUUGCCAAUCAAGAGCCUGCGGGAUCACCAUAUUUCAAUGCUCGAUUCUAUUCCCAGGCCGAGUUAGAAGGACUGCCAGAGCUGACCAAGUACCUUUUGCGGACAGCACUCAUCGCCAGUUCUUACAAUGUCGAGGGUGUCACCGUUGAUGCUCGUAACGCUGUCAGACGAUCCAUCCCGAAAGGCGUCGUCGAGCCUGUGAACAUGAUCAGGAAGUUUGGCAUCUGGGUUGCCUGGAAGCGCGGUAACGAGAAAGCACCACAGUGGACUCAGCCGGGCGUUAUUGAAUCGAACCCCAAGGUAUCUCUCAAUGAGAAGAAGUCUGCUGGGCGCCCGAGCCGACGAUCCGAACGCAACGUCGACAGCCAGCGUACUUACGCCGAACGACAAGCAGUACAACGUCCAUCAGAUGAAGUUGUCAGCACACCUGCCCCCCGGUCAACAACAACCCGCCCGUAUACCCGCCAAUUGAAAGUACCACGCCAGUGCCGGCCGCUUUCCUUCCCGAGACCCAAGCGCGUGGCCUGUGAUGCAUGUCGCAAACGCCGGAUACGUUGUCGUCAUAAGGAUGAGCCGAAUGACUUGGGCAUGCUGGGUGGGCAGUUGGGCGUGAACGGCUUUGGGCCUGCAUCAGGCCUCAGCACUCCGUCCUCUCUGGCGCAGGACGCCGUUUCCGCAUUGAACUCAUUAGCGGCGAUUGCUUCUCAAGCGGGCUUCCAGAGCAAUGGCGUCGUUGGCUUCGAUCGAUUCGAUGGCUCUGGCAAGUUCCACUCGGCAGUCAUGGGUACGUCGACGGCUGCUGCCAACCGACUCCACGAUUUGAGCCCCGAUGGGGUGAAUGGGGGUAAAAAGGGACGUAGCAAGGCGUGUGACGACUGUAGGAAGAGCAAGCGCCGUUGCAUUCAUGACGAGUACGGUAGAGUCGAUCCAAUCAAGGCACAAGAACGUUCCAAGCCUCGUGGAACAGCCUCCUCAAAGCGACCUCGACCCAACGAUGACGACUCUGCCCCUGCGCCAGCCAAAAAGACCAAGCAGGAGAGCACAUCCCCCAUGACGCAUCCUAUGGAUUUCGAUGGGUAUGCCGCUACUGCCGUUGUCUCGCAGGAUAUACCGGCCGAUGUUACCGCAUACGAUGCUAUAAACCACCUUCAAGCUCAGCCCAGCAACGUCACUGAGGUGGUGACUGUCGGCCAAGCCUUGUACGCCUCACCUCCAGUCCACCAUGUCGAUUCGCUAGACAUCAAGGAUGCAAAUUCUUUGUCUGCCCCUUCCAAACCAACCACGUCCUUGGUGUCACCUCCCACGUCGCUGGCCGACGAAAUGGACGUGGUGCAGGACGGCGAACCGCUCGCAUCAGUUGAAGGCGAGGUAUCUACUGCUCUUCACACACCGAACUCUAGUUCUCGGCACUCGUCCCGUCAGCCUCGACAUGUCGAGCGUUUCAUUCCAGAAGCUACUGCCCCUCGCCCCUCGAAACCAGCGAUGCCGUCUACUGCACGCCGGACUACGCCUGGCCCAUCAUCGUCGGCUAGGAAACCAUCAUCUCGACCUUCUUCCUCACAUGCUAAGAAGAGCUCACCAAUGGUUGAGAAGCGCUUCGACCGCCAUGCCACCACCUCCUUGUCCCCGCAUCAAUCUAAACAUGUCAAGCAUCGCAUCGAAGAUGAUGCGGAUGCCGAGAGUCUUCGGCUGAUUCGCGAGCUUCAAGAAGAAGAGUUCGGUCUAAGAAGAAGACGUGGCUGA